AUGAGUGCACCAAUGUUAGCUAUACCGCCGGAGAUCAAAAGGAUAAUACUCGAGAAUCUAGAAUCAGAUGCAACAGAUCUGCUCAACAUGUCGCUGGUACACAGCGGGUGGAGGGCCCUAGCGACGGAAGAGAAGUGGAAAAUCGUUGGACCACUCGGCUUCGAUCACCUGAUGAAUCCCACGGAAAUUCGUCGUGCGGAUCGGCAAACAUUCAUCAAUCAUAUUCAAGAGCUUGAAAUCUAUGGCCAUCGAAGCCGUCAACACGAAACGAGGCAUCUCAAUUUUCGCAACCUGCGGUCUUUGGCUAUUCGUCACCCUAGAAGGGUUCCAGGAUGCAAUCUCAACGUCUCUCAGUUCUUCGGUCCGAGACUAACGGAACUUUGUAUCGAAGGUCAUACUAUGCCACCUCUUCAAGUGUCUGUACCGGACAACUACUUGUUGAAUCUUGGGCAGUGUCCAAAUCUAACCCGCCUCGAACUGUACCGCCAUAUACAGGAUGCCACGCCAGACCAGCUCAUGACAGUCCUCGACACCUUGACCAACCUUCAAUACAUUGGGGUAUCUCGCGGAGCUUCAGAUCUUGUUCAAGCUAACACUGUAAUCCGGAUAGCCAGAAUGCCUUUGAUCAAGGGUGUAGUUCUGGACUUCGAGAUCGACCAAGAUCUGGCUGAAACGAUUAGAGACACCGUUCCUUACGCAUUCAAUAACUUGGAGAAGGCCGUUCUCACCAUGACGGAAGAAGGAGCUCGAACGCUGAUACAGAGUGAGAUUAUGGACACAGUCGAGCAAUUCGACCUUAGUGUGACCACAUUGGUAGACGGUGUUCUGAACCAUAUACGGAGAUUACCCAAUCUCAAGCGACUCGCACUGGAAACUCAAAUCCCUCCACCGGACUUCGCUCUGGUCAAUUACCAGAUGUUGAUUGAUAUGGCAGCCAUGAGGCAUCUGACACAUCUGGAGAUGCGCGCACCGCCGCUUGGCUACAACGUACAGAGAAUCACGCUCCUCGCGGUGGAGGCAUUUCUGGUGCAAUUCCGUCAACUCAAAGUAAUUCGACUGGACUGGGACAACCGUAAUGAGGGCAACAAGUUCUCAUCCGUGGCCAUGUUCGAUCGUGUAGGUCGCAUGUGUCCAGGUUUGAGGGAGCUCAGUUUACGUGGCCGAUGGGCGCCUUUUAAUCUGUCUUUCAACGGCGCAACGAUGCAUCUACCCCUCUUCGAGCUAUACCACAGCGGAGAAGAUGUUAUAUUUCCAAAUCUGCGAAAGUUGAGUCUUUCGAUGCUCCAAGUGCCUUUUGGAUCUGCGCCGACUCCCCACACAUUGCCGAUGAACCCUAGCACAGAUCCGAUGUGCCGUGGCGCGCAGGAGGUUCAUGACUUGCUAAGGUGGCAUUGCCCGAAAUUGGAAAAGCUGGUCAGCCACAGAAUGAGAGGCCGUGACGAUGAGUACUUUGACAAUUCUGUCGCUGCUCUGAUCGCCGCCACCAUUCUCGAAGCUACUCGUGAAUGGGGGUACACGCUGUGGGUCAGAUUCAGGGGCGGCUUCGUCAAUCCCGGAAACAGAAGUGCUUCUUUGUUCGUCAUACGGCUCAGUCCGUACCUGUCGACCAAGAAAUCAGAGAGACCUUUUUCUUUCUGCGCACACGUGAAUUUGCAGCCUUUGUGCGUUUGUCUCGAUCCACGCAGAAAGGUUGGAUUCAUAUGUCAGGGUCGAGGAUUCUUUUGCAGGGAAAGGGAGGCCAAGGUUGACGCCUUUGUUCCAUCCAUCCAAGGUGUCAGUUCUUUGUACAGUUCUCUCAAUCCGGUCAAUCUGCGUCGAACAAGCAGAUCACAGACGAUGUCAAUCAAUCAAUUCAAUCAGAUCGUCAUAGAGCGCUUGAACCAAAUGAAUACCAUCGUUCCGCCCGCGGGCACCCCUGCCGCACGUCUUUUGCCAGAGGUUUGGGCCGAGAUUGUACACCUCGUCGACCUAAAGGAACUUUUCAAACUCUCGAAAAUCGAAAGAGCGCUCCGGGACUUAGCUCUGUCAGAGAUAUGGAAAAUCGCCGAGCACCCAGAACAUGUAGCAUAUCUCUUCAUCUACCCACCGCAGCAGCGACAGCAAUUCGUAGAUCGGAUGCGAGAGCUUCAUGUUUGGAUAAUCGAUGGGCACGACUUUAGAGGAUUGAGAUUUCCUCAUCUCAACAGACUGCAUGUCAUUGAGAAGGGCGUCCAACCAGGAACGACCAAUGUCGCCCACAUCGACGGUUUCAUCCAGCCAGAACUCGUACUUCUGAAUUUACAAGUUGAUCAAGGCCACGGACUGGUGUCUAACAUUCUACCACUGCUGGCGACCCAAACACCGUGUCUCAAGGAGCUUAACAUCGGCAUCAAGAUCGAGAAUGCCACGAGCGUCCAGCUGCUCAGAGCACUACAAGCCUGCCCGCUGUUGGAGAUCUUCAAAGUCGCCGGCGAAUCAAUGUCUCUCGUAGAUCCGGCUGUCUUUGCACACCUCGCCCUCGUAGCCCGCCUCUCGGAAUUUGAACUCGGUGCUGAGAUUGGCCAUCUUCUUUUGGAACCUACGAUCGCCUCGCUACCUGCGCAUCGAACUAUAUUCGACCAUCUAGCCACAGUAUAUCUACACGUCAACCCCUCUGCAGCGAAGCUCCUGUUCCCCCGGAUGAAAGCAACAGAGGCGAUGAGUCUCCGCAUCUCCGAGCCCAGCGACAUUCUUACCUGGGUCGCAGAAAUGCCUCGACUGGUAACCCUUGAGCUUCAAUGCAUGAGGAGUAUGCCCCUCAAUCGUCACGUACUAGCUGGCCUCCAGAACAUGAAUUUGCAAAGAUUCAAAAUAAAUGCGGCCGCCGGCGCUGCGAUAGACGGGUCUGAAAUCCAGGCUGACCAGCUGGAUUAUCUAUUCGGCAACCAUCUUACACUCUCAGAGCUUACUUUCGCGUGGCAAGGAAGCUCUUCUUCAGCACAUAUCAUGUCUUUUCUGCAGUAUAGCCCUCACCUUGUACUCGAGAAGAUCGCCCGUUUCUACCCGAACGUGCGUGAGCUCACCCUGGUCGCCCCUUGCGCCGCCAUCGACUUCCUACGAACCCCGGACUUACCCCUGAAUAUGAACUUGAGGGUUCUGACCAUUGAGAGGAUUGCGCAGCCAGCUCAACCACCCCAGAAUACCAAUUAUAAUCGUGACGUUCGCAUUAUUGCCGAAAAGAUCGAUUACCAUUUUCCAAAUCUGUCGGUAUUGGAAUCAGUGAAUGACCAGGACUUUACCAAAUUUGUGUUUCGUGAUGUUCGACGCAUCAAGAGAAUGCGCCGUAAUAUGGCCCGGCUUGGGUGGGAAUAUCUCUACAUGUUUCCGCGUUAUGUCCUUUACCGUUGA